GUGUGUGACCCCUGGCCAGCAUGGCUGUGACGGGCGGGUCUGGAAGGCUGUGUGUUAGCGGGGGGGUUCGGGAGACCCUGGAGGACCCCCCCCCCCAUGUGUGGAAAGCACUACCAGAGAACAUGAGGCUCGGACCGUCAGCCGUCAACCAACACCGCAUAGGUGUGUGGGCGGUGCAGGCCAUCCCCAGGGGCAAGCGCUUCGGCCCUUUUGUGGGGGAGAGGAAGAAGAGGUCCCAGGUGACCAGUAACGUCUACAUGUGGGAGGUGUACUUCCCGACGCGAGGCUGGAUGUGUGUCGAUGCCACGGACCCUUUGCAGGGGAACUGGCUCCGUUAUGUGAACUGGGCCCGAUCCACACAGGAGCAGAACCUCUUCCCCCUGGAGAUCAACAGAGCCAUCUACUACAAGGUGCUACGGCCAAUCGGACCAGGGGAAGAAUUGCUUGUGUGGUACAAUGGGGAAGACAACCCGGAGAUAGCAGCUGCACUGGAGGAAGAAAGAGCAAGCAGUCUAAGCAAGAAAAAUUCUCCGAGGGCUAGAAGAGCCAGGAAGAAGCUCUUGGAGCGGCAGGCUGCUGGGAGACGGCCGGCUCUCAAGCCCACGGCAACACACUCACCCACACCGCCAGACAUGCGUGAGUUGGAACAAGGGCUGAAUGAGGAUGAAAGUCCCUCCCUGUCCUCAGGGCUGAUGAAAGAGACUCCUCUGGGCACCAUGGCGACCGUACACCCAUCCCAGCACCCCCCUGGCAGAGCAGAGGACUCCGAGCACCCCCCCUCCGAAACUCCUCCCACCUCAGAGCACCCCCCCUCAGAAGCUCCUCCCCCAUCAGAGCUCCACCCCUCAGAAGCUCCUCCCCCCUCCGAGGAGCCCCCACCGCAGCAGGAGGAGGAGGAGGAAGAGGAGGAGCCGGAGGAAGAUGAGGAGGAGCAGCCCCCCUCCAUGCAGAGCCCAGAGCGGCCUGCGGGGGGCAGCACCUCACCUGACCCACAGGGCCCCUGCACAGCUGGCAGGGAAACCCCAGAGAGCCCCGAGGUCACGUCUGAGGGCCUGUCCUCUGCCCGGAACGCAGAGCAGGAGCUGGCGGAGCCGGAGCCCGAGGGUGACCUUGAGGACGACCUUCAGGGCGAGUCUCACCCGUGCCAGCACUGCGAGCGCCGCUUCUCCACCAAGCAGGGCCUGGAGCGGCACGCACACAUCCACAGCCUGGGCGGCCAGCAGGAGGCGCUGUCCUUCUGCUGCCGCUACUGCGGCAAGAGCUUCGGCUCGCAGGUGGGCCGCCGACGCCACGAGCGUCGCCACGAGAACACCGGCCGCAAACGACCCGGCUCGCUGGCCGGAACCGCCACUCUGCUCAGCCCGGCCGACGGCUCCGCCCACCUCAUCGCCAUGGCGACGCAGAACGGCGGCGCUGCCGCUCCCUCGACCACCCGGAGGGAGCAGCUGGCGCGGGCGGCGACUUCAGGCGGGUCGUGAGGUGGGCGAAGUGGCGAGGCCAAAGAGCUGCACCCGUGCAAGUACUGCAACAAGGCGUUCGGCACGCACACCAACAUGCGCCGCCACCAGCGCCGCAUCCACGAGCGCCACCUGCUGCCCAAGGGCGUGCGGCGGAGAGGCAUGCUGCUGCCCGACACUACGCAGGCGGGGAACCCGCUGGGGCGCAGGAGGAGAAUAAAGCCCAGCGGCAGCCCCCCGCCGAUCACGUGCCAGCAUGGACUGGGGAGGGAGAGCCGCGAAGGGACGAUAUGGAUGGCCGACAUCUCCAGCAACAUCUCCGAGAACCUCAGCCUCUACAUCGACGGCAAGAUCGUCUCCACGGUGACCGGCAGCACCUGCGAGGUCAUCGAGGUCAACGCGGGCCCCGCCGGGAUCUUCGGGCUGGACGCCGUCAUCAUCAGCCCCGAGCAGAUCAGCCAGGCGCUCAGCAAGCAGGCCGCACACACACACGCGCGCGCUCAGCUGCCUGCUGGGAAACGCAGGACCUCCACGCCACCUCUUCUGCCCAACGUGAAGGUCGAGUCUGACGGCAUUUCCUCCUCCGCCUCUUCGUCAUCCUCCUCCUCGUCGCAGCUGGUGGGCAGUGCGUUCCCGUUGCCGGACUCUCUGGCGUUCCAGAAGGAGAGAAGUGUGUAUCUGUCCCCGAAGCUCAAGCAGCUGCUACAGACUCAGACUCAGGACGGCCAGAAGGCCUCGGACACACACUCGCACACACACCGCUCCGCGCCGCCACUCUCUGUUAGCCCCCUCUCAGCCGCCACCGGAAGGUUCAAGCGCCGGACAGGCUCCCCCCCCACGUCGCCACAGCACUCGCUCUCGGCCGCCCCCUCCCCCGCCUCCGAGUCCAAGCCGCCCUUUGUCCUCAAGGUGCCCAAGCUGGAAGGCCAGAGCGGCUCGCCCGGCUGGGGUGUGUGUGGACGGGAGGACGGGGAGGCCAAACACACACACGCACACGCGCAGAGAGACUGGCCGUCGGGCCGGAGCGGCGGCAGCUCUUGCAACCAGCAGCCCCUGGACCUGUCCAGCACCGUUGGGCGUCGUCGUAGCGACGCGGGGGUGGGAGGGGCUCGACCCACGGGGGGGGAGGCCGUGCUGGACCUGAGCGUGAGCCGCAACAGCUCUGGUACCGUCGCCCCGGAGACGGACGCCCGUGGCAACCCACCGGCGCACACACAGCCUCCCCCGGGCCGCAAGAAGAAGCCCAACACCAGCAUGCUGGAGAAGGUGCUGAUGAGUGAGUACGCCAGCCUGCCACCAGGGGGCGACGAGAACGAUGCCGACGCCACCGCCGCCUCCUCACCGGGCAGUACCGUCCCGGACGCCGAAGCCGAUGAUGUCACUUCCUCCCCCGCCAGCCCUGGCUCUGCCUCCGAGCGACUGCCCGGCGAGUCCAGCCACUCCUCGCCGCCCUCGUUGACCCCGGUGACCUUUAACCCCUCGUCACCCGGCUCGCCGCGACUGGCCUCUCCGACCCCCCCCCCCCCCUCCUGCCCACUGCCCCCUCCCCUCCCCCCCUCAACCAGCCAGCCUCCUCCUGCUCCUCCUCCUCCUACCCCGUGCUCUCCCCUCGACCCCGAGAGCUCACGCCGGACCACACACACACCUCCGGCUCCGCGGGUGCACACACGCCUUCCGGCUAAGCCACACGAGCCUGUGUCCCCCGGUUCUGACAACGCGGAACCCAGUGAUGCUCUGCCUCACGAUUCUGGCCUGUCCUCGAGUUCUCUGGGUCACUCAGACUCCCUGUCCCCACACAGCCAAAGCGGUUCUGCACAAGAACCAGUCCGGCAGAACGCAGAACCGUCUCGGUCCCCCUGCAAGUUCCCAGCCGAAUCUCAGUCCGGUAGCCCAGCCAAAGCUGCCGCUAAACAAACACACUCCGUCACACACCUGGCGCUGAAAGAGGAGCCGGAGAGUGACGAGGCACCCAGGAGUGUCGCCGCGGAGAUGAGGGAGGCGGAGCCAGGUGGUGACGAUGACAGCGACGGCGACACGUUCGCCAAGAGCUUCGUGUGCAACGUGUGUGAGGAUCCGUUCCGCUCCAUCGCCGAGCUGAGUCGCCACAUCGCGGUGCACGCGUCUGAUUGGCCGCUGAAGUGCGAGUUCUGUGUGCAGCUGUUCGGCGGUGCGGAGGCCCUGCGCGAGCAUCGCUCGGCGCUACACGGGGUCGGCCGCAUCUAUGUCUGCUCCGCCUGCCGCAAGGAGUUCGCCUUUGCCUGCAACCUGCAGCAGCACCAGCGCGACCUGCACCCCGACCAGCCCUGCACACACACCGUGCUCGAGAGCGGCAAGCUGAGGCCGCACAACUACACCGACCCCGCCCGCGCUGCCGCCGAGCCCAUCAUCGCCACGGAGACCACCCCGGAGCCCGUCCUCCCGGACGCCAGCCAUGCUGAGCCCAAGAAGGAGGAAGAGGAGGUGGCGGAGGGUGGGGAGGAGGUGCGAGACCAGGAGGUGCGGGAGGACUCGACGGAGGAGCUGUACACCACCAUAAAGAUCAUGGCGUCCGAGGCGGGCAAGCCCAAGGGGCCUGAUGUGCGUCUGGGCAUCAACCAGCACUACCCCAGCUUCAAGCCGCCGCCCUUCCCCUACCACAACCGCACGCCGGCCGGCUCCGUCGCCUCGGCGACCAACUUCACCACCCACAACAUCCCGCAGACCUUCACCACGGCCAUCCGCUGCACCAAGUGCGGGCAGAGCUUCGACAACAUGCCCGAGCUGCACAAGCACAUCCUGGCGUGCGCCAGCGCGAGCGACAAGCGCCGCUACACGCCCAAGAAGAACCCCAUCCCGCUGCGCCAGACCGUGCGGCCCCACAACGGCCUGGUCCCCGUCGCCACGACGACCGCCACGGCGACGACACACAGCGCCUUCCGCAGGAUGGGCCAACCCAAGCGGCUGAGCUUCGGCACGGAGCCGGCGCCGGCGGCGUCCCGCAUGAGCUCGCUCAGUAAGAAGAAGCAGCAGCUGCUGCAGAAGGCCAUCUCCCAGAAGAACCGAUCGGCCUCCUCGGCCGCCAAGAGGGCGGGCGCCCAGCCGCCGCAGCCGAAGAAGGAGGAAGAGGAGCAGCCGCCGCAGCCGAAGAAGGAGGAAGAGGAGCAGCCGACGACUGCGGCCGCAGCAGAGCUGCACGUGUGCCCCCACUGCAGCCGGGAGUUCACCUACCCCGCCAGUCUGUCCAAGCACAUCGCCGUCAGCUGCCCCAUGAAGCCGGCGCCCAAGCGGGGCAGGAAGGCAGCAGUGCCGGCCGCAGGAUCUGCGCUUCCCCCGGGACAAAGAGCAUGAGCCUCAUGGGCAUGCCAAAGCUCGGCGAGGCUGGGGAGUGGGACCGAGGCCCUGGGAAAGACACGAGCCCGCAGCUCCGAGCUCGCCGAGACUGACGCCAACCUGCCGCCCAGGGGGAAGGCCGCCACCGCCUCCACGCGUGGCAAGCGCCCUGCCACUCAGCCCCUCGCUGCUGUUGCCCCCGGCAACAAGAAGGGCAGGAAGAGCCUCCAGGCCACGCCCCCCUACCAAGGCCCCGCCCCUCCAACCGUGCCAACCGUCGACUCGGCGGAGCGGACGGCUGGCAAGGGGCAGAAGGCGGUCAAGGAGGGGGCAGGCAAGCGGGCACCAGAGGGCAAGAGGGACGGC